ACAGUGGGAAUAAUUUCAAUCAUCUGCUCCGCUGCGACCUCGUUGUAUGCGAUUGGAUUUAAACAUGACGUUUUGAUGGAACUUGCUAUGAUAUCACCGAAGCGUGUUGCACCUUUCGAGCUGGUAUUCGAUUUAGAACGACAAGUGCAUGACGCAUAAUAAGGCUCGCCGCAUGUUCACGGAACAGGCUAUUAUUUUGACAAUUAUCGCCACACCUAAAUUACGCGUAUUAUUUACCAUAAAUUCCGGCGUACGUUUUAGCCACACGUCUAUGAAAGUACUCCUUCUUUAAUGUACGGUGUGUGUGUAUGUGUGAGGUGCACGAAGAUUCCGUGUAACUGGCAGUGACAUUUACGAAUUUCGUCUCGUACGUAUACACAGUUUUUUUUCUCUUCUUCUCACAGUGAAUCUUACAAAUACAAGCACACUCGGACCACCUUAGAAUCUGAAUUUAACUUGUACUCGAAAUUCCAGCGAGAAACACCCUCACGAGACUUCUUUUCCGCAGCGUUGAAUCUAUGCGUAGUGCGUGUUGCAUCAUAAGUUGUAUUCAUGCCUUUUUGUCUGAGAAAUAACGCUACUUGCAAAAUGGAAGAAUAUUCUGUUGCGUCCGAUGUGUCGGUGGUGGAUGUAUACGACAUCGCGUCGGAGAUAGGGAAGGAAUGUGAGAAACUGAUAGACCUGUUCGGAGUGGAAUCCGUGACCAAUCUUAUGCCAAAGGUGAUAAACUCUUUAGAAUUGCUUGAAAAUCUUGCUACCAAAAAUGAACGCGAGAAUACUAUGGUGCAAGAACUGAACGCCAAGAUCUCUCAGCUGGAGAGCGACAAGAUUGGGAAGGCAGAGGACAGGCAUCGUUUUGAAAAGGAACUGGAACAAAUCGAAGAACACUGGAGGCAAGAGUCCCGUGAUUUAGUAGCCAUGGUUACUAGAUUGCAAGAAGAAAAUAGACGAUUAGCUGAAUCCUUGCAAGAAUCGCGUAGUGAUACUUUCACAGCUAGUCAGGAAGUUGAUGUGGCUGUUUUGCAGCACUUGAGAUCCAUGAUAGACAAACAAAGAGAUCAGAUUCGUGCCAGAGACCGAGAAUUGUCGCAGAAGACUACAGAAAUUGAAAAUUUAACAGCGCAGGUGGAAAAGCUCAGUGUGGUCGGGCGAGAAUUGAAACGUAAACAACGACAAGCGCAGAUGCAAGCUCGGGGUUUAGUGGAAGAGAGGGCAGACUUUUUGGCUCAGUUGCAAGAUCAAAACCGGGAACUUAUAAAUCUACGAGCUCGGCUUGGCAUGGCUAAGAAAGAGAAUGAAGACUUAACUAAGUUGCAAGGCUGUCCAGACUUAACAAAUAAAGCGAUUUACGACUUGGAUGACCCCGAUAGACCAAGAUUUACAACUUCGGAACUGAAAGAGAUUUUGCACGAGCGAAAUGAAUUGAAAGCAAGAGUUUCGGAUCUGGAAGACGAGCUGGAGCUGUAUCGACCAAAGCCUGAAAUUCCAGAGGAUGACAAAGAUGCGCCCGUGCAAGGACCGCUUCCUUACGAGCCGGAUGAUGCACCUUGGAAGAAAUCUUCCGAGUCGGGCAUUCGUAAAUUUUUCCGAAAAAUAUUUUCCGAAUCCAGCAGCAGCUUCCUUGGUGGUAGUAGUCCCAGACGAAGUCUUUCUAGUCUCUCGAAGAUGGCUCUGUCUGGCAGCAGUACCUGUGAUACGUCUAUAUAAUGCUUUCUCAAAAGCACAUUGGAUAAUAUUAAGCAACUCACGGAUAUCGGAUGAAUAAAAACUUAUAAAUACGCUUUCUGUUCACGUAAUCACGUUAGGAUUGCUCUCGCGUAUUAUACACAUAUAUAUAUAUAUAUAUAUAUAUAUAUAUGAUUUUAACAUAGACAACCCCUAUAAGAGAGAGAUAGUCGAACAUCACUAAGACCUGGUUCAUAGUAGAUGUGCAUGCGACAUAAACGAACUGAGAGUAUUGAAUUUGUAUAAACCUAUAAAAGAACAGAAGGAAAUGACAUGCAUGUAUAUAUUUGUAUAGUUGUAAAGAAGGGCAAUGUGUAUUUAGCUGCACGAUCUUAGUACAUCACAUUCGUCAUUUUUUCUAUUUGAUACUAUCAGACACGUGAAUUUCAUUGAGAUUGAAGUAAUAUGUAGAAUACUCGUAAUGACGCAUGUAAGAGAGAUAGCAAUAUCGAAAUAGAAAGGGACUACAUUUCCUGAUUUCUUCCAAAAUUACUAAGUACGUGUAGUUUUAAAUGUGCAUUGGCGAGGUUCUAAAACGCGUUCAACAUGAACAGGUCUUGUUCUACGCAGACACCAAAGUAUCCGAUUCUUUCUUAUUGCCAGACCAAGGAUUUUUUAUUUUUUAUUUCAUCUAUUUCGAUAAUUUAUUUUAUUGUUCUUAACCAUUUUAACGAGUCAACAAUCUACCUUAGCUUUAUAAUCGAAUGUAAUUGUUAGAGUAAAUUCUAUGUAUUGAAAAGACCAUCGCGGCUCAGAUAGAGUUUAUCUUAUUUAUACAAUUUUUAAUGUAUCUUCAAUGUGUCAAAGUGCAUUUAUCAUCAUGAUUAAAGCAUACAAAUGUUCGGAAACUUGUAGUGCAUUUUUGUCUUUGCAUUUUAUACAUAGCUGUAAACAAUGGCAACUUAGAUUUCAUAAUACAUCUACAUGUAUUCUCUGUAUUCGAUCGUUCUACUUCGUUUAAAAUUCCGUAUUGGAACAAUAUGAGAUAUGUAAUGUAUUUCAGAAAAUCUGUGCCAUUUGUUACUAAGAUAUUAAGGUAAAUGUGGAUAUUUUACUUCACCGUUGCGAUUGUAAAUAUGUUCGCAAAGCAAGUCGAAAAUUAGUUAGCUAUAUAUUCAUUUCGAUAUGUGAUAUAUAUAUAUAUAUAUAUAUAUAUAUCAAUAUAUCUCUCUUUCUUUUUUUCUCCUGGAUAUGUAACAUUAUUAUUAACAAGUUGUCAUUUAGCAACAUCUAUAUCCAAACAAUUAAAUGAUAAUAAAAUGAAUAUAUCGCUAACUUAUAACGGUAAUUUAAAUUAAUGAGUAAUCAAAAGAUUUUCUGUAAAGUGGUACAUACAUCUAAUAAGAUGAAGAUUAUACAAAUUUGAGAAUACUUAGAGAAGAUUUGUCACAGGGAACUUGUCAUAUUAUAUCGAGAUUAGCUGUUUAUAAGUAUGAAAUAACUGUGUCACUUGUAGUGCCUAUUUUAAUAUAACUUGUCGACUUUUAAACAGUUUAGUGACAUUUUGCAAGAAUAAUACAAAAUGAGUUAAAGUAUGUAGAUUGAAUUAUAAUACGGAUUGUAACGAGACGAAAUAAUAAAUGUGAUUCAUAGCUAUUGGAAAAAUAGAAACUCUUCUGAUGCAUUUUGUAACGAAAUUCACAGAAUGUUAAAAUAAUAUUUGAUAUAUUUUAAAAGGUUAGUUAAUAAUUCGGUUAAAAAAAAAAUUUGUAUGACAUC